AUGCUCUACUCAUACGCGCUCACUGCUCUCCUAUCCGCGUCAUCAGUCAUCGCCCUCCCAUUGAACAUCAACCUCGGUGCCUUCUCCCCCGCCUUGGUAGUCGGUGAUGGUGAGAUCUCAUUCGGCGGUGCUGAAGAGGCAAAGAGCCUUGUGGAGACGCUGAGCGGUGCAACCGCAACCGGUCAAGGAGCCGCCACAGGCCUCACACGAGCUCAAGAAGCCGGGUUAGGCAGUCCAGUUGCAGAGACAGGGCCAGCCGUCGUCGCCCCAUCUGUUUCGGCCGUUCCAACUAUACUACCCGGCGCUGGCAUCGGCAGGGACAUACAACCGCGGGAAGAAGAAGUAGACGAAGAUGAAGAAAGUGCGGCCGUCGAGAAAAGAGACCUCGCUGGUUUCAACGCAGCGCUCAACUUUGCAACAGGCGCACUGAAAUCGGGCCCUGAGGUGCAACUUGGAACUGGCGAGGGCGGAUCUGGUGUUGGUAUUAUCGUCAGGCCUCCUGGAACUGCCGCUCCUGCCAAGCCUGGGAAGCGAGCAGUAGUCCAGAACGAGCGGGAUCUGAGUUAG